UGUUUUAUUCAAUCAUAUGCGAUGCGUGUAACAAAAGCCGCUCUUAUAGGAACUGUGUUUAGUGUGGAACAAUGUGUUUUGGCGUUUAGUUGAAGUGUCUGGCCGAAACCUCGUUGCCCGGCGUGAUUCCGUGUGUAGCUUAUUGUGCGCUAUCUGAACCAGUUUCCGUGCUCUUCCAUCGAUGUGUGUUGAGGCCAGCUUAAUUGCAAUUCAUGAAUCACGCAGCGCAGUUUGUUUUCCGUGCAUGAGCUCAUAAAGAAAGGUUCCAUUUCCUUAUUCCAAUUCGCACGAGCGCGCCUUGUAUGAAUCUGUGCAUACGUGCGGGUGUGUGCGUGUGUUGUGCUUUUUGACGUUUGUCGACGGUGCUGUCAUCUCGCAGAGGCACAAUCGGCAACAAAAACUCCGUGCUUCCACAUCAGACCAGGAGCCUGCACCGUGGAGCGAACGCACUUUUAACAACGCAUUUUGUUUUCAAAAUAAUACUCACUGUCCUCGCCCUAAGCUUUACUGUAUUUGUUUGCCCCCCCGAGCAUGUGCCUGCGUAAAGUGUGAUAGAUUUAAUAUUUAGCUAAUCGUACUGCUACAUAUCGUUAAGCGAAAAGAGGCUGACUUUCUCCCCCUUUCUGGCAAUGCAAUCAUCAUGAAUGUGCAGGAUGGUAUAAAUGCUGCAUUUUCGGUGCUCGUUUCGGUGCUCAUAGUGAUAGUGCUAGUUUGUUUAGGUUGGUAUCUGGUGUGGAAGCUGUUUCUCUCCCGCUUCAAGCUGGUCCGCGAGCUGCUUGGCAUUGCCCAAUCGAACGAACAUUCGCCAGUGCACAGCGCCACGGGCAGGGAUUACUCAACGGCAGCGGGCAGUAGCGGUGUGGUUGGCGGUGGUAGCAGCAUAAUCGGCGGCAGCAUAAACGCCGAUAAUCGGUCCCGUGCCCGGAAGGUGCGAAGAGAUUAGCCGAGAGAGGUACGCAACACAACCACGA